CUCUAUUUUUUGCUCCGGACGCAAUUCACUAUAAAUAUAGUCUGAAUUAAGCAACCCCCUGUCUUACGCGACAAGCGACUGUGAAAUUUGGCUCCCGUAUCAAUUGUUAGACCGUUUUCAGCGACUUUGAGACGCUCCCUCGUACGUUUUACACGACAGAGUUGCCGUUCCUGAUCUCGCGUGAAGUUGUUGGCGGAGGCGAGAACUUAUUUGUUUACAAAAAAUGGCCGCUGAAAAAGCAAAAAAAGAGUAGUCUUGACUUUGGAGCAGCGUGUUAGGGCGAUAGAACUGUUAGAUCGGGGAAAACCAGCUUAUAAAAUUGCUGAGGAAUUCGGGGUCGGUAAGACACAAAUUCAAAAUCUACGUAAAAGAAAGCUGGAGGUGUUAUCUGACUUUGAAAACAAUGUACCCGGUCAAUCAAAAAGAAGACGAUACCUGACAGGAAAUGAGGAAGUUAACACAUUGACUUACGAAUGGUUUAAAGAUGCUGUAAAUAAAAGAAUUAAUAUCACAGGACCAUUGAUACAGGAACAAGCCCUCCAUUUUGCAGCCAAACAAGGAAAUUCUUCAUUCAAAGCCUCUAAAGGCUGGCUGGAAAGUUUUAUUAAGAGACAUGAUAUUUCGUUUGGGUCUAUGAGUGGAGAGAGGGGGGAUGUAAAACAGUCAACAAUUACUGAAUGGGCGGAAAAAUUACCAACAUUAUGUGCAGAUUACAAACCAGAAAAUAUAUUUAACAUGGAUGAAACGGGUUUGUUUUUUCGUGACAGUGGGCGUAAGACAUAUCGAUUAAAAGGUGAUGAUUGUGCCGGAGGGAAAAGAUCAAAGGAGCGAAUAACAGUUGCAUUGUGUUCAAGCAUGACCGGUGAGAAGGUUAAACCUCUUGUAAUCGGUAAAUCUCGUAGCCCGAGGUGUUUUGGUAGAAUGGACGUGAAAACUCUGCCUGUGGAUUAUUAUUUCAAUAAAAAAGCGUGGAUGAACAGUUAUAUCUAUGAAGAAUUCUUAAAGUCACUCAACAGAAAAAUGAAGAGUCAAAACAGAAACAUUUUACUGUUUGUCGAUAAUGCACCUUCACAUCCCCAAGUCAAACUCAGCAAUAUUAAAGUACAGUUUCUGCCAGCCAAUACAACUUCUGUCACACAGCCUAUGGAUCAGGGGAUAAUCCAGACAGUAAAACUCAAAUUCAAAAAACGUCAGCUACAGCAUAUGGUACGAGGCAUGGAACAACACCCAGCUAUGCAGGGAAGUGAACUUCUGAAACAAAUAACAAUAUUGGAUGCCAUUUACUGGCUCAGCAAUUCAUGGUCAGAAGUAGAGACAAACACAAUCGUAAAAUGUUUUUCAAAAGCUGGAUUCAAUAUUGAUAACUUUGCUUGUUCUAGCAUUGCUGAUUUCGAUGUUAGUGAGGAAGACUGUGAUGAGGACGAUGAUGUUCCAUUAGCAGUAAUGCAAAUGUCGCUUGAGCUUUUUGGGUGCAAUUUUAAAGAUCUAGUCAAAAUUGAUGAAGAGGUUCUAACAUGUGAAACCCAAAAUACAAACUGGGAUGCACCAAUUGAAAAUUUACUGUCAGAGUUCAUGCCAGAUAAAUGUUCUUUCUCUGAAAGCCUUGAUGAGGGUGAUGAUAGUGAUGAAAAUGAGAAUGAUUUAUCAGUACACAUACCAACUUACUCAGAGACCUGUGACUUUGUGAAUAAACUUAAAACAUUUGCAGUCAAUGUAGGAAAUUCAAUAUUGAUGGACAGCAUUGUGAAAUUUGAUGAUGAGCUAUGUAAAGUGAUUGUAAACAAACCAAAACAAAGUCAGAUAACUGAUUUCUUUGAAAAGAGAACAUUGUAAAAAGAACAUCUUUAUCUAGUGAAACAUUUUAUUUUUUAAAAUCUCAAUAACUGUUUACUUUUAAUAGCUGAGUGUUUUAUUCUCUUACCAGAUCAUAAUUUUAUUUUAUUUAAAAAGUACAUCUUUAUCUAGUGAAACAUUUUAUUUUUUAAAAUCUCAAUAACUGUUCACUUUUAAUAGCUGAGUGCUUCAUUCUCUUACCAGAUCAUGAUUUUAUUUUAUUUAAAAAGUACAUCUUUAUCUAGUGAAACAUUUUAUUUUUUGAAAACUCAGUAACUGUUCACUUUUAAUAGCUGAGUGCUUCAUUCUCUUACCAGAUCAUGAUUUUAUUUUUUAAUGUUUUAUCAUAUGAAUGAGGAAAACUAUUUUAAAUGGUUCAUUUUAUUAAAAUAUAAUUAAAUAAAUAGUAUUUAAACAAUUUUCACUCUUGCUUUCAAAAAGGUCUAUAUAAAAUGUACAUAUUUCAUUGGAAAAAUCAAGUAGAUAUAUGUAUAUAUGAAAUCAACAUCAGCUGGUUGGGUGAGACUGUUUUAAGAGACUCCCUGUCAUAUGUGACCUUUUUUGCUGCUUCCCAAAGUCGGUCUCUUAAAACAGUCUUG